UUUUUCCAGAAACAAAAUGUCAACCAGUAUGAGUUGAGCUGAUCUCAGAACGGUUGACUUGUCUCUUUCGCUGACAUUCUCUUUAGUCUGCUUCCGUUUGGUGCAUGUAGACCUUCUUGCUUCUUAUCAUGAGACUCGCACACGGUGCCCGGCCUUGUUAACGGCCAACUCACCUCCUCAGGAAACAUUUUCACCCUUGUAAUGUUCCGAGGAGCACGAAGAUGGAAGAGAAGGCGUUAGAAGUGUACGAUGUGAUCCGGUCCAUCCGAGACCCUGAGAAACCCAACACCCUGGAGGAGCUGGAAGUGGUGACGGAGAGUUGUGUGGAAGUCCAGGAGCUGGGAGAGGACGAGUACCUCAUCAUCAUCAAGUUCUCGCCCACCGUCCCUCACUGCUCCCUGGCCACCCUCAUCGGUUUGUGUUUACAAGUGAAGCUGCAGAGAUGUCUGCCAUUCAAACACAAACUGGAAAUCUACAUUAGCGAAGGAACCCACUCAACAGAGGAGGACAUCAACAAGCAGAUCAACGACAAAGAGCGUGUGGCGGCUGCUAUGGAGAACCCCAACCUGAGGGACAUUGUGGAACAGUGCGUCAUCGAGCCGGACGAUUAACGUCUGCUGCCGGUGCCUUUUUGCCGCCAGGUGUGUGUGUGUGUGUGUGUGUCUGUACGUGCGGGAUCAUGCACGCCGGACUGCAGGCAGCAGCCAUGUUGACCAUUUGUGUCAGGAAACAGGAAGUGAGCCCCGUUGCCAUGGAAGGCAAGUGUGAUAACUUCCCUCAUCAGCUGAUUGGAUGAGACUCACUUGACUGUUUAGUGAACAACCGUUUGAUCUUUAAAGUACACAAACGUGUUAAUAUUGUUGUGUGUUGAUUUGCUGUAAAGAAAUAGAACAUUUUUAAUGAAACAACUUAAUAAAACAAACAAAUCAAGAUUGUCUUUGUGUGU